AAUAGAUCCAUCUCGGUGAAGGCCGAAAAUGAAUCUGAGUGUUUGGAUUUCGAUUCUCUUAGGUUUCGCGAUAUUUUGUUCAGUAUGUGAGGGUCGUAGGGGAAGAGGAGGCGGCUCACGUAUAGGCUCGCGUGGUGGCUUCGGGUCCUCUUCAUAUCGCUCGUACCAGUCAGGUUCUAGCAGUUCGACACGCGUUCGUGUGCGCUACAGCGGCCCCAGCUUUACGAGGGGGUCAUGGCAGACUGCAGCUGCCAUAGGGACCGUGUAUGGCCUCAGUAGCUACAGGCAGAGAAGUCUCUACUACCGGUACCCUGAUAGAGAGCCUACUAUUUGCUACAAUGAGGUGAACUUAAAGAAUAGCACGUUCGGGUACUUUGUCUGCCCCGAGACCAACAUGACGGACUCGUUUGACAAGUGCUGCGGUGACCCUAAUGAGCAGAGGUGUUGUGACCCUAUGGUGUACACGACAGAACGCAAGCAGGUCAAUAUCGUUGUAAUCGUGGUUGGUGUCAUCGUAGGCUGCGUAGUGGUCGCAGUAAUCAUCUACAUCGUCAUUGUGCGACGUAGAAGAGCUGCCAGGCAAGGGCAGGUCAUCCAGAAACAGCAAAGCAAUGUCGAAGGGUCGAUCCCCCUGAACCCUUACACUAACCAAACACAGCACCCUGCGGGCCCCGGGGGUUUCAUGGGCACACCCUCGGUCCCGGGCUUUGGGGAAGGCAAUGGAAUAGCACAUGGACAGAACUAUGACUAUGGUGCAAACUCCCAGCCCGGCUACCCUGCCUACCCGCCACCAAACAAACCAGAGGGAUUUGAAGACAUGGGAAAAUCUGCACUGCCCGAGGGUGAGGUUUCUGGCCCUGCCCCCUUCCAGCCCUACAGCUACCCUCCCCCACCCCCUGGGGCAAGCUAUCAACCCCCAACCAUGGGCAUUGGCUAUGACCAGCAAGGUGUCAACCCUCAGUACCCCAAUGCUCCGCCCCCACCGUAUUCCGGGUAAACCACGUCACGGACUCUGAGUCACUCGCAGGCUGUUCUCGUUUUAUGCUGGUUGCAAGAGCCAUUUUCACUUUGCUUCUGAGUGGGAAAGAGACAAAGUCUUCAUAAAUGUUUCAACCCUAAGUUAUUGAUGAGGAGCAAACAGUAUAAAACCUGAACAGCCUGCUGGUUGCAUAUAGCCUUUUUUAACUCUUUCAGUGCUGGAACCGAAUUUUGAAGGCCUUUGCAAACAGUUUGGAUCCAGAUGAGACGCCACAGAACGUGGCGUCUCAUCAGGAUCCAAACUGUUUGCUAUUCUGAUAGUAUUCUUUGAAAAAAAUCGAAGAAAAUGCUAAUUUUAGAAAUUCAGCAGACGACAUUUUAGCAGACGACAAAUUUCCCAGCAUGCAAAGGGUUAAUAAUUUGCAAUAUUAUUAUAAAGUAGAAGCUAUUGAUGAUUAAAUGUUUAAAAUUUGUUAUGAUAUGCAUACAUUGUGUCAAGUGUGUUGUCCUCGACCCUCACACACCUAUUUACGAGGAUAAUAAAAUAUAUCAAACAGAAAAAAGUAAUAAGACAAAUUUCCCAGCAUGCAAAGGGUUAAUGCACUUUUGAGUGGAAAGGGUUGCCGCAAUCAGAUUAUUUGGCAAUAUCAUAUGUACAAUGUCAAUCAAUCAGUGACAUUGCUGUGUCAUAAUUCCCUACAAUCAGUAUUUUGACUUUUUUUUAUAUCAAAACAGUGUCUGGUAAUGGAACCUAGAUUUAUAGCCUGUUAUCUUUUGUCAUUUAUUACUUUUUUUUCUUGCAAUAAAACCUGAAUUUAAAGGGAGAACAUGUGUUUUUGUUGUCAUGUUUUUUUGUGUUAGUGUUGUGAGCUUUUUUCUUGCGAAACAAUCUUUAUACAACUGUAUUUCAUGAAUUUUAGUUUUUUCAUUUGUUCAAAUAAAGCAUUUUAAAAUGUUAACAAUCAAGCAAAUUUUUGAAAAAUUAUAUUUUGUACACAUUUAUUAUCCAUAUGUUUGAAAAUCAUGCUUGAAAAUAAGCAUUGCCAACAGCAUGUUAAAUUGGUGUAUUUUGUGUAUGUAUUUGAACAAAAAUGUUUGCAAAACUGUAUCAUUCUAAGUUGUUCAAUAAUAAAACCAUGGUUUACAUUUUAUACAAUGCAAUUUUAUUUGUUGUUUCUAUUGAGUUCUUGUUUAGAUUUAUUUUUUAGGAUUAAAAUUUUUAUUAGAUUUAAAAUAUGAUAUUAAAAAAAAUCUCAAGCAGUUCAGGAGUAUAGCUAUUAUUGCACCUGUAGGAGGGUGAUGUCUACCAAAGCUGAAAAAUCGUCAUCAGUGCCUGGUCCUAAUUUCUUUCUAUAUUUUUGUAUUUUAAGAACAAUUCCUGUAUGAUAAUUUGCGAAUACACAAUGAUGUAUUCACGCAUAUAAAUUUGCAAUAUUACACCUUUUCUGUUGUUCAGAUGUCUUUUUUACGAUAUAUUAUGAAGCGUGUGUCUUCAACUCCUCUUUAACUGCUCUUGCAUAAACUUUUACAUUUUACUGACCUUAAUGUGUUUAUGAUGGUAUAGAAAGGAACUUUUACUGUGACCAGUUUUUGACCUCUAUAAUGUGUUUAUGAUGGUAAGGAACUUUGACUGCGACCAGAUGCUUUGCUGAAUUAUGGACCUUUGUCCAUUGUAGAAUUAAUGUGACUCUGUCUGUGUCCUAACAUGUGUUAUUAGGCCAGCCGUCUCUGUGACCUAUUUCAAGUGAAACUGAUUUUUUGUUUUCACUUAUGCAGCAGAAAAUGGUACGUAGGUCUGUUUUAAAAAAAAUCUGUCAAUAUUUGUAUUAAUGAUUUCCUAUUAAAUGGCCUAAGUCUUAUAAUAUUGGUUAAAGAAAUAAAAAUGGUUGUUAUUUCUGUAUUUGAACCUUAUAAUAUGCCGAAUUACUAUUGGAUGUUUUCAUUAUAUUGCCAUGUUUACAUAAAAUCUCCAUAUAAAUCUUUAUUUCGUAUAAAAAUAUUUUUAUCAAAUUUUGCCUUCAAAGUUAUUUGCCUUAAAAUUGGUCUAAUCACAUAAACACAUCUGUCAACCCACCGUUAUCACCUUCAAAGAAGCUUUUAGUUGUUGCAAAGACCUUGUUUCAAAGAAGGAGAUGAAUAUGAAAUGCUUAGUUUCAAAUUGCUUAGUUUCAAAUUUAUUUGUUUAAUCCGAAAUAACUCGUACAAUCGGAGAAUAGUAUUUUAUAAGUCAUAAUAUUUGCCUUCAUUACUAGGCAUAUGCAACUAACAUUCAGUAACAUUACAUAUGUUUGACAAAUUUGUUUUCAACAUGAAUUCUUAACUAGAAUCCUGUGUUUUUUGUUAAUAAAAUGACGAACCUGUACUAAGUUUAUGCAAAAUAGUAAUACAAGAAAACAAUUAUAUAUAUUUGGGGUGUUCUUUCAAAGCCUCUGCUCCGCAUAAUCUGUGUUAACUUCUAUGUUAUCAUUAUAAAUGUUUUCAUGCAUUGUAUUCAAAUGUAACAUCCUUACUUACAUAUAUAUGUAAUAUUUUUGUCAGUAUACCGUAGUCAGUAGUAUAAGUUUGCAUGAAAUAUGUGUUAAUCUGUAUUAUUUUGUCUAACAUAUUAAAAGUGAGUUAAGAAUCGUUUUGCUUUCAUACAUGUAGCUCUGUAGAUUUCGUUCAUUGUUUGUAAUGAAGUACUUGAAAAUAUAUGUGUUGUUUGUUUGAACAAAUGAUGCUUUAAAAACAAGUCAUCCUAAGUAAAUUAAUGUUACUUAAUUCUUCUCAACUGAUGAAUAGAUUGACAUAUUUAUUGUCCUUCGUAUUAAUCCAUCUUAAAAAAGUAUUUUUCUUUUAAGAAAGGUGAAUUCUUUGUUUGAAAAUAUAUUUUUAGCUUGUAUGUUUAUAACUUAUAAGGAAAUCAAAAGCCUUAAUUUUAUUUGCAAAUUCUGGGAAAAAAAACGUAUAACAUUUCAAGCAAAAUAUUGAAUUAAGAUUUCAUUUGAUUCCAUUGUCAACUAGAUAGUUUUUGGCGAAUACAAAUGUUGAAAUAUGAUUUCCUUUGGUUUAUGGUUUUGUUAAAGAAAAAUCAAUGUGACAGUUUAAUGUUUUUUGGUCUGAGACACUCUAUGUAUUGUAAUGUAAAGUAAUAUUUUGUUAAAAUUUACUUAACUAUAGUUUGUAUAUAUUGUAUUCACAGUGUUAAUAAUAAUAUAAUUGCUAACUAUUUGUUAACAUUACCUGUAUUGUUUGGUGGAUUUAAUAUUUCAUGUUUCUGCUGCUGGUUCAUUUUAUAAUGUUUUGUUUAUAUUGGUUGCAAUAUUUUUUGGAGGCAUUAAACUUAAUGUAAGAAAUCGAAUAUCACUGUUAAGUCGGAUCUUGUGUCUUGUUACAUUUUUCAUGUUCAAUUAAAUUGAUGCCAUAAAAACAACAAAGUCAACAACCAAAUGGGUGGAAAUAAUUUACGUGGUCAAAAAAAAAAAACAUGGAUAGAAAAAGUUUUUUGACAAAUAUUGCUUUGAAAAUCUUUUUUCAUUUAAAUGUUAUUAUCCCCACGUUUUUCGGAGAAAAAGUGGGGAUAUUGUAUUAAUGUGCGUCUGUCCGUCCGUCCGUUCUGGCCACCUGCUCCUCCUACACUAUUAGCACUAGAACCUUGAAACUUACAUACAUGGUAGCUAUGAGCAUAUGUACGACGGUGACAGUAACGGAAUUUUUAUCUGACCCCUGGGUCAAAAGUUAUGGGGGUUGGGGCGGGGCCGGGUCAGAGAUGUUCACUCAUUUUUUAUGUUAUUUUACAUUAACUUCUUCAUUUCUGCACCGAUUCACUUCUAAUUGAUACUGAGCCUCUCUUAUGACAAUAAGGUCAAUCUAAACUAUGCAUGGCUCCAUUACCAACCCUGGGGCGCCCCGGUCACAAUGGCCACGCCCACCCAAAAUUGCCUUUUACUAUAAUUUCUUCAUUUCUACACAGAUUCACUUCUAAUUGAUACUGAACUUUUCUUAUGACAAUACGGUAAAUCUCAACUAUGCAUGGCCCCCUUACCAACCCUAGGGCGUCUCUGGGUCAAACAUGCGGCGUGGGGUUACGCGUCGGCCUCUGCUGCGCCAUUUCUAGUAAAAGUAUGCCUACUUGUUUAUUAGUAAAUGCAUUUGACGUUUUUAAAUCAGAGCUUUUAGGAUUUACAUAGGCCUUGUGAGUUUUUUACAGCUUUCUCGGAAUUAUUUUUUAAUAUUUUAAAUGUAAUUAUCUAAUAGAUACUCCUGCAUUUAUUGGUAUUUUGUAUAAAAAUGGUUCUGUUUAGUUCUGUCUGUUCAUGUGAAUUCCGUGUUAUACUAGUGCACUUUUUAACACUAUAAUUCUG